AUGGUUAAUCUUAUUCCCUUCAUCCAUCUGGACUCUGGCUGGGAAGAGUACGGUUCCGCGUGCAUGAAAGAGCCAGGUGGCAGCCAGCCCCCAAGCCUGAGCAGCCCCCACACUGCGCUGGGCAGCAUGCUGAUCAUUCUGGACGCUCAGCCGCUGGCGUCCCUCAAGGUCGUUGCAGAGUGUUUUCAAACCGUCCAGCGAGCAUCGGCCCACAAGUUCGAGCAGUCUGCCAUCGAAAAGUUCCACAAGGGCAUUGUCCGGGAAGAGCAGGAAUUGUUUCUUCUUCGCCUUGCAGCUUGA